UAGCGUUAGCGUGUUGUUAGCAUUGUAAAGCUAGUUAGUAUCGCAGCUAGCUCCCCAUUUACGUCUUGUAAACCCCGUUUUUAUUUUAUUUCUAAAAUACACUGACACCAAUAUCAGCCGCUUGUAUUAAAUCGAAGUCAUGAUAGUAAUAGAAGCUUAACUAACCCAGCUUCUGUGGCGUUUACUGUAAUUUAACCUAUGUUUGAAUGCACUCUAAGUAGGCUGUAAUGAACCAACGGUCCUACAGAUCCCAGAAUCCCAACUCCAGCUACAAGCGCCCCUCAGAGUAUCGACCAGAGCAAAAUGAUGAUGGAAGAAGUUACCGUGAGGCAAAGCACCGCAAACAAGAUGACCACCACCAUUAUCAGUCUCAGUCCAGGUCAUUUGCAGGGAAAUAUACACCCAGCUCUGGAUCCUUGAGCACCAGAAGGGAGCUGUAUGAAAAAGACUUUCCUUUGUACAAACAGCCUGUGGAAAUAGGAUGUUUUUCCCUUGAUUGUAACAGAAGAUUUUUCAAUGAUGGGAGGCAGAUGAGAUAUUAUGUAGAACCUGACAGGAAUCCUAACUUUAAUCUGAGGGAUGGAUACAAGGACCGCUUCACAAAGAGAGAUGAAAGCCAGAAGGAGAAGCUGGACCACAUCCUGAGGUGGAUCGUGUCUAACAGAUCAAAGCUCAACUCAAAGGGGGUCGCAGCUUCAUCAUCUGCUAUCGAUUUUGACUUUGUGACAUGGCGUGGUCAUUUGACAAAGCUGCUGUGUACACCCUAUGAGAUGCGGGAGGGCUGGAUGCUGGCCGUCACCAGGUUUCAAGGCACGAUUUACAUCAGUGAAGUGGAAACAGAGGCUGCUCGCAGGGAUUGUGAGAAUCGCACUGAGAAGCAUGAAGAAAUGAUGUACUGGGGUUACAAGUUUGAGCAGUACGCCUGUUCAGACGACGUUGACGGUUCCCCUGACCCGAGUGGGGUGGUGAACACUAAUGAGGCAUUUUGCACAGUGGUGCAGACUCGCCUCGCAGAUCACAGACUUCUGUUUUCUGGUGAGGUCGACUGCCGAGAUAAAGACCCCAACGCUCCGGCUCCCCCCGCCUGCUACGUUGAGCUGAAAACCUCUGCAGAGAUCUGCACCCCCAAACAGCGCAGUAACUUACACAGGUUCAAACUGCUGAAGUGGUGGGCCCAGUCUUUUCUGCCUGGCGUCCCUCGUGUUGUAGCCGGUUUCCGGGAUCAUGAUGGGGUGGUAGUUGCUGUGGAGACGUUUCACAUCUCUAAAAUUUCACAGCUCAUCAAGAAUGAGUACAACUGCUGGAAGCCAACCGUUUGCAUGAACUUCUGCAGCGACUUCCUGUCUUUUGUGAAGCGAGUGGCUACUGAAGACAAUCCUUGUGUGGUGUACCUGUUCUCCUGGGAACCCCGGAGAGAUGUGACCUACUCCAUCCACAGGGACUCUGAGUUUUCCUUCCUGCCUCACUGGUAUGUAGAGGAGAUGACCAGAAGACCAGAUUCACACACUCAGCCCUGAUUUUGAAGGACUGUACAUAAAACGUAAAUCUCCAAUGGAGGGUUUUCUACCAAAAUGCUUUUACAUUUGAUGUGUAUAGUUUUACUUUGAAUUCACAAAAGAAUUUACUGUAAAUGAUAAAAUGCUUCUCCAUUACCUUUACAAGCAACUUUGUCAUAGAAUGUCACGUUUUGUUUUGUUUUGUUUUUUUUAAAUGAUCCACCACAGCAUUAUUAUUGUAUUCAAACUUUAUUUUGGGGUUACAUCAAUAAUUUAACUUGCGAAAACAAUAAUACGUUCAUGUGUUAAAUUAAUUCUGGUUUGUAAAUACGUGAAGAGGACUUCAAGUAAGAUUUGUUUUUAAGUAUUUUCAUAAUAAACAAUUUCCAAAACAGUACAAAGAUGUCAAGUUCUUGUCUAAACUUUACAAAAAGGAAUGAAAUUAUACAGAAGACAGUAAAAAGCAUGACCAGAAUUGAGCUCCUUAACCAUUAAAUGCACUUGUUUGGUCCUUUUCCUUUGGCUGAAUUAGUCAAACUUUGUUUUGUGAGUGGUUUUUUUUUUUUUUUUUACUGUUCCAGACACCUGCCAUUCAAAGUCUCCAUUUUUGUCUUAUUUAUUACUCCAUAGUCACAGACAAUAGCAGCUAAUCUUGGACCUCUUGUAUACUUACUUAAGUGCACCUGUGAAACAAGGUCUGAGAAAAGUCAAUCCAGAACAUGGAUGACUUUAACUUUCAUUAUUAACACAUAUAUUGUGAUUUUGCAGCAUAUUAUAGGUUCAGCGGAAAAGUAUAAAAGCAAAAUCAAGUCACAACAAAGAUAAGUUAACUGUGAAGGAGCUCAAAUCUGGUUUUUUAAACUAGUUUUCAGUUUAGAGUGAAAACAAACAGAAAAUCAAUAACGGUAGAGUUAACGCCGAGCACUGUAAAUUAAUGCGAGCCCUGCCUUUCUCAACCUACAACGAACGCCUGCAUGACAAUGUUCACACUGACCCGAGCAGUCAUGAGGACAGUAGACGAAUACACCAGUGCAUUAUGGGUUUCCUACAUCAACAGUCACAGCACUAAGUUAUGUU